AAGAAGAGUAAUUUAAUUUAAUCCAUGCAAAGGAUGGACAGACAGCAAAACAACUAUUUAUUCAUUGAAUUAAAAUCUGGUAUAUGUGGAAUGUGGAGAUUUUGGUCAUAUUGCCCAGCCCUAAAACCUAUAUAUAUUAGACUGUGGUGCUGUUUUACUGUGUUAAAGGGUUAGUACACUCAAUUAUUUGUUACAUGGUGGUCUCAUAAAAAAUUAUAUCCAGGAGAUAUAGGAUUUCCAGAGUGACCCAAGUUAAAAACAUUAAGUUAAACAGAUAUAUAACAAAGGUAAUUAGGAAAAAGAACUCAGGGCCCCAUCUACAUAUAUAGAGGGUAGACAGGCUACAUGUAUAACAAAAAACAUACUUUAGAAAACAUACUUUAAAUAAUAAAUACAAAAAUUCCCAGACUUCUUAUCGCUCACCGUACUUGCAAUACACUGGCGGAAACCUUGUGGUCUUUCCCAUAAUGUUGCCAGACACUUGUUAUAACAAUCUGAACCUGUCUGGACCAACUUCAAAAUCAAAACUUUUUGUCCCCAUUAGUCACUUAGACACAAAACGAUGGGAAAAUAAGGUCCAGACUGAACAAUCCCAAAGGUUAGUUAAUUAAGUUAAUUAAAGUUAAUUGAAUAUUUUAACAUCGUUUUAAUAUAGAAUCAGCUAAAAUGUAGUUGUAGAUUGCCUCUUAGAUGACAGUUGAAUCAAAUAAUGGCUGAAAAUCUGACGUUUAUUCAACAUCAAUAAUAAUGAGUUCUUUCAAUUUGGUUUCAGUGUCGGGCGUCAAUGUAGAUUCAAUACUUCUGCCUGAUGACAUUUAAAUGUUUCAGUCUGAUUUUGUUAUCAAAUCUGUUGUAAAACUACAGUCAGGUUCCCAUAUGAACAGCUUUGCUUGCUGUAAUCGUUCCCCCAUUUCAUACUGGCCAUUAAACUUGUUCAUAUGAGCACCUGGCUAUUGUUUUAAGAUAACGAGGAACUUGAUGGCAUAUUAUGUUAAUACUGGUAAUUUUUCCAACAACACACAUUGUCUGUAAAAACGGCUUUUUCUAGUGAAAACUAGCUUGUAUGUCUGAUUGGUUUUGAAAGUUCAGCGAAUUCUGUGGCCCCUCCCUAAUUUACCUGUCAAUAAUGAUGGAAUUGAGGUGUUUAUUAGUGGGUUUCUAAGGGGAUAAUUAAUGGAUUGAAAUAAAUUAAGGUAUUUUUAAUGGAUUAUUUGCACAGUUUAGGGGGUUUUUAAUGGGCAGAGGAAUCUUUUUGCUUUUCCUCAGGAUUUCCUCCUUGUAAUACAGUGAAGAAGCGUCUGUGCCAAACACCUUUUCUUUUGCAUGUGGCACACCCUGCAGAGCUUGCCUAACCUGUCUGGAAUGCGGUACUAGGUAGAAUGGGUGGGAACAUUAUAAACACAAAGAACAGGCUCAUUUCAGACUUUGUUCCAUCGUAUAAUCGAAGCAGGAACCUCCAGAUGGCACAGAGAAAAGCUGCCGGCGCCUCCAGAGCUGCCAGGCGAAGACGCUGGUGGCAUCUGAGACAGCGAUGGAGGAUGCUCGGGGUGUUUGAGAUCAACUCAGAGCACGAGUUCUACCAUCUGACGACUAUGAUAAAAGAAGGCAUGCAUGCUUCCAUUCAGACCAGUAUGGACACACAAGGCCAGGAUACACUCACAGCUGAGCAGUUCAAGGCAGAAGAAACUCAAACCCAUGAGGGGUUUGAGAUGCAGACGUUCGCAGCACCGGUGUUUGCUAAACUGAGACGUUCACUGGACAUCACAGAGGAGGAAUAUAUGAACUCCCUCUGCUCAGGCGGCUGCUACCUCCAGUUUGUCAGCAACUCCAAGAGCAAAGCAGAUUUCUUUGUCACGAAUGACAAGAGGUUCUUCCUGAAGACCCAGAACAAACGAGAGGUCAGGUUUCUCCUGUCCAAUCUGCAGGCAUACAUGGAGCACAUGGAGAAGUACCCUCAUUCACUGCUGGUGAGGUUUCUAGGUGUACACAGGAUUGUUAUUCCGAAUCAAAUAAAGAAGUACUUCAUUGUGAUGCAGAGUGUGUUUUACCCCGAUGAGAGGAUCAAUAUUAGAUUCGACAUUAAAGGCUGUGAAGUGGGUAGAUGGACGAACCCUGACACAGGGGGGAAACAAAUAAUUAAAGUACUGAAGGACAAUAACUUUGAAGGCCAGAGCAUUGCAUUAGGUCAAGAGAAAUGCUGGUUUGCCGAUCAAAUGAAAGUGGACGCUGCCUUCCUUCAAGAGCUUAAUGUGCUGGACUACAGUCUUCUGCUGGCGCAUCAACCUCUGCACCAAGAUGAGCUCGAUGGGAAACACUCUUUGGCAGACCUUGUUAUUCGUGCUACAAAGUCUGUGGACUUGCAAGACAGUCCCACGGGGUCAGACCCCCCCAGUAUACCAUUACUGCAGGAGACCGCAGAUCAGGUGGUACUAGAUACUACAGACUGUGGGUCAGACCAGCCACAGGGAGCAGCAGAGGCCACUGGUGAAGAGAUCCCCCUCCAGGAGAUAAAAUGCCUUCCAAAAGAAACUAAAACUGAGUCAGAACUGCAGGAAUUCCACGAGCAUCAUCGCAGGCUACUGCCUAACUGCAAAAAUGGCAUUCAUGUGAUAGACGGGCCAGACCAUCGCUACUUUGUGGGCAUUAUCGACAUUUUUACAGUUUACGGUUGGAAGAAAAGACUGGAGAACCUGUGGAAAAACAUCAGAUACCCAGGCAGAGAUUUUUCCACAGUCAGUCCGCCCAAAUACUCACGCAGGUUCUGCCAGUGGAUACAGGAGCGCACUCGCUAACUAAAUGCAGAAAACAGUCAUUGUUGAUACGCAUAGCACUUGCCUAACUCCAAAUGUAUACUGGAUAGAAGUGAAUAGGCAUAGUUCACAAAAUGUCAAACUAUUCCUUUAUCUCCCAGAAAAGGCUUUCUUAUGAAUCUUACUUUCUUGUGUCCCGGCAUCGUAUGAUUUUGGAGACAAGUAUAUUCCACUCUGUCUUACUUUGUUGCCUCAAAUUAUUGAUUGAGGAAUCUUUUUUGGCAUUAUCAACCCAACAAUAAGUUUUCUUUUCUCUCUGUGUAUGUGUAUUUGACUGCUGCAAAAAAGUUUUAGCUGUGCAGUGGAAACACCCAAAUUCUCGUGACUGUAGCUACAGUACUGUGUAUUUUUUUCUUGACAUGCUUUGUAUCGAUAUAUCAAUCAAAAUGCAUUGGACUAAGCAAUCUUUUUAAUUUCCUCUAUAAACCUAGUGGGUAGUUUUCAUUUUAUUUUGACAAAACAUUCCCAAAUGCAAAAUGUAUUGCAGAGUUGUUGCAUUGGAUUGCGAUCUGUAGUUUUGAUACAUCUAAGAAUUAUAAAAACAGUAUUCAGUAUUAUCUGUAUUAUUGCUUUAUAUACAGGGUAUAUAUAGGUUGCCAGUUCAGGUGUUGUUCCUCAUUGUGACCAUCAAAAGACAAGAAGCACUUCAAACACACUUAACUAUUGCAGCCUCAUGUAAAAACAUUAAAAAUUAAACUUUUAAAGUG